AUGUCUGGCCAGAACCCCACAGAACAACAACCACAGCCUGUUAAUACUCUUGCAGAGUAUGAAACUGGGGUCUCCAAUGGAGAUGUCGAUUGGUUGUUUCGUGGUAAGUCGAAGAAACUCACUAAAAAGAUGAAUAGUCAAAAUCCUUCGGUUUCCGCUGCUACCGCCAACACAGGUGCCUCCGAUAAGGAAAGGAAACAAAGUCUCGACGAGCACAAGGAUAUUUCAAAUAAAAGAAGAGACAGUGCUGUGUCUCAACAAGCUACCAUACUGGCGGCCCAACCUGCUGGUGCUGCUUCGAGUGCUGCUGCACUUUCGCCACUGACACCAGCUAGUGGCAAUUCAAAGACAAUCUCUCCAGUAUCAACCACAUCCAGCUCCAAAGGAAACCUUCUCAAUAACAGCAACAAUGGUUCCACAACUCCAGCAUCUGCAUUAAAACCUUCCUCCACCGAAGUACCGUCCCACAAGGCAGAACAGCCUCCUGUAGAAGAAAAGAUCUCAAAGCUAGACAUUUUCAAGAUUGGAAGAAGCAGAUCAUCAUCUGAGUCCUCGCAGACUCAACCAUCAAGAAGAAGAAGUAGUGUAGGGUUUAUACCCACCCCUUCACCUCCUCAAAACAAUAUAUCUCCAAAGAAUUCUGUAAAGCAUCUGAGUGUCAGCAGUGCCGGCAGCGGCAAUUCUGUUCAAAGUGAAACACCAUCUAUUUCUAGAUCUGGAUCUACUAGCAAGAGGUCGUUAUUCAGUUCAAUUUCAUCAAAAUUCAAGGGAAGUGGGCAAAACGCAGGUCAGACUGCCUCAAGUUCUUCUAAUUCGACUUUAAACGGUACUGGGGUAAACAUUACUGAUACAUUUGUCCCAGAUCCAACCCCUACAAAUGCAGUCGAUAAUACCCGGUCUAGAUCGGAUUCCGGUACUGGAAUAUCCCCUACUGAUAAGACUCAUGGUCAUCACGGUCAUCCAUUACUGAAGCCUCAAUUAAACCUCCUUGGAGUCUCAAACAAUAAUCAGAGCAGUAACCAGGACUUAAUUGCAAUGACAAAUAAACCACCAGAUGGAAUCCCUAAAAGAAGAACAAGUUCCAGCAGUAAUUCGUCGACCAGCAAACAGCAACAACACCAGCAUCAAAGUCCUCUGCUUGCUAAAAAUCUGCCUGAUACUCAACUGCAAGAGCCACAUUCUAAAAAAGAAAAACCAUCCGUGCCUACUCCAUUGUGCACGAUCAAUGACGACAAAUUCGAGUCUGAUGAAACUGUAAAUGUUAAUUUGCGUAGAGUGACAUUUGCUAUUGACAAAUUGGCAUUCGACCCCCAACAACAAAUUCCAUCAAGGCGCCCCAAGAAGGGUAACGUUUUGAUUCCAGAAGACUUAGUUGCGGCUCCCCCAAGAUUAUCGCAAGGAAUUUCACUCAGUGAUGGUAAGAAUCCAAUCCAAGUCGAGUCAAACAAGUGUAGUGAAAAAGAAUUAGCACAGGCUAUUGACGCUCAGAAGAAAGCUUUAAUCGAAGCUGCAAAGCAUGCCCAUGAAGCUCAUUUCGCAGCUAAAAGGAUUGCUAAUGAGGUGGCACAGUACAAGAUCAAGUUGUCGUCUAAGGACCAGAGAAGAAAAUCAGUUGAUUACGAUGAGGAAGAACUAGCUGCAGAAAGAGAUGCUGAGGCCGAUAGAAUAAAUUACUCUCAGCAUGAAAUCGAAAUUGAUAAGCCAUUGCAUGUUCAUGAGAACUACUUUCCUGGCGAAGAAAAUGAUGAUUUGAAGAGAACUUCUGAUGAUAUGGAUGAUCAGGAUAUAAUUGAUAGCUUGUCAUUGGAAACAAUUUAUACUAGAUGUUGUCAUUUGAGGGAGAUUUUACCCAUUCCAGCAACGUUAAAGCAAUUGAAGAAUAAAACUAAACCAUUGCAAGUUUUAAAAUUAUUAAAUCCAAAGCCAACAUUGAUCGACGUCUUAUCUUUCUCAGAUUUCAUUGCUAUUACUCCAAUCAACACAAUUAUUUUCGAUAAUGUUACGAUGACAACUGAAAUGCUAAAGCAUUUCCUUUCUUCAUUGGUCUAUAACAGAUAUUUGGAAAAGUUGUCCUUAAGAAACGUUGCAAUGGAUGACAUAGGUUGGAAAUAUUUAUGUCAAUUCUUGUCUAAGAAUAAAACUGUUAAAAAGUUAGACAUUUCUCAACAGAGAAUUAAACCUGAUACUCCGGCUUCGUUGAUCAGAUCCUCUAUGGAUUGGCCAAGCUUUAUAGAGGCAUUGGUUGAAAGAGGUGGUAUUGAAGAGUUGGUUAUCAAUGGUUGUAAACUUACAGAUGAAAUUUUCACAGAGUUGAUCGAAAAAGCUGCAAAUAAAACCUAUCGGUUAGGAAUUGCUGCUAUCGAGCUAAACUUGCAUAAGGCACAGGUUGUUGCAGAUUGGAUCGGAAGACCUGAAUCUAGAUGUGUUGGAGUUGAUAUAGCAUUUAAUAAUUUGAAUGGUGGUCUUUUGAAACCAUUCAUCAACUCCUUUAAUAGGGGGAACCAAAAAUUAUUAUUCUUUUCGUUGAAUUCAACUAAAUUAAAUAACGUUGAAGAAGUCGGAGAGUUGCUUAGGUCUUUAACGAAGGUAAAACUACUAAGAUUUUUGGAUUUACUGUCGUUGCCAGAUCUUUUCCCGGGUAUUAUCAGUAGAUUAAAUAAAUAUCUUCCUAUGUUGAAAGACUUGAGAAGAAUUCAUUUUGAUUUGAAUGAUUUGACACCACAAUCUAUUGGUGCAAUUGCUGAUAUCUUACCAAAAUGUGAAGGCUUAUUCCAUGUAUCCUUUUUAGGUAAUAGAAACUUAGAUCAUGGAGCUGCGGGAGUUUUGUAUACUGCAGUGAAGAUGUCUAAAUCAUUGUUCACCUUAGACUUGGACUAUGAUUUAGUUUCUGAUGAAUUAUCACAAAGAAUGGCGUUUUAUUUGAUGAGAAACAUGGAUAUAACGAUGAACAGCGAUGCUAAUAAGUUGUACAUCGCAGACCGUGAUGAUGAUGAAGAGUUGAUGUUUGAUGGCUCAUUGUUGAUGGAAACUGCAGAGAAACUUAUUGCUGCUAAUGACAAGGAAAAUAAGGAAGAUCCAAAGAUACAGAGAUUGAUUACGAAUGCAUUAAUUGAAAGAACCAGAGCUGUUAGGAAAGAUAUCCAUAAGACCAUUGAUACAUUAUUUUUGAAAAGAACUCAAGGAACUUUAACGCUAGAGGGAAAGGAGACUUUACUAAGAUUUUGUUUACUCGAUAGUUCCUUGGAAAAAGUGUUCCAUAUGUUUGAAGAGCAUGCUAAGAACAAUGCCUUGGGCGGUCAAGCACUUUCUCCUUCCCCCUCAGUAGAAGGUGCUAUUGAUGGGAGAAUCGGUUCUGAAAACACUCCAAGUACAUUAGGACCUGCAGGUUUGAGUAAAAUUGUCAGAAACAAUUCUGUCGAGUUGCCAACAACAAGGCUUUCUCCACCUUCACCUACAACAACUGGCUUAGGCUCCAAUGUUUUAAAAUCCAUUGGAAAUGCCCUCAGUCUCAAUAUGCCCUUACAUGAUACUUUGCAUGAAUCUUCGAGUGAAAUGAUUACUGCUGGUCCUAUAUUAUCUCCCCACAACACGGCGGAUUUGAAUAAUCAACAAGGUUAUUUUACAGAUCAGACCUUCCAGCCACACACAGUUGUUGUAGACUCUUCAUCUGAUGGUAAAGAUGUGCCUAUAGACUACUUGACUGGUAGACCAGUACUAAUGAGAUCGAUAUCUCAAACUUCAGCUCAUGCAAGGGAACAAGAAGAAGAAGAAGGGGAACUUCAUAAGUUUGGAUUUUACAUGCAGCAAAGAAAUAGUCAGAACGAUGUUGUCGAUGAUGCAAAGAAUAUUAGGGAUAUCCCUACGCUUAAUGUUUUACCUUCAGGAUCGGAGCUCAGAGAUGCGAUUAUUACUGCGAAGGGUAUUGAAAGUGUAACUGAUUUAAUUGACAAUAUUAAUAAUAACAGAGUUAGUUUGGACAGAAUUUAUAACGUUAGCGGUCUGCAGGAUAAUAGCACUAGUGAAUUUAAUGCUGCAGGACCACCUCAUAGUAAAAUUGGCGGGGUUUCAGCAUCAACAUCUAAUGCUUCGCCAAGUGCCAGCGCUGGCACUACGAAUGAUCCUUCAAAUUCUCCUGAUUUAGAUGAUGUAGUAUCCAUUGAUUCAAUGGAGUCAAAUGAUAAAAAUGGAGAUAAUUUAGAAGGUCAUGACGUCAAUGCUGUCGUAGACGAAGUCUAUGAUAAACUUCUAAAUGAUGCACAGAGGGUAAGAUCGAACAAACAAGAAUAG